AUGAGUAGAACUACUUACUCCACAAAAGGUGUGACUUCUUGGCAAUUCAAGAGAACACAAAGUGAAGCUGCCUUGAAUUCCUUAUUUGUCAUUAACCUAAAGUUAGAACGUUGGGUGCCAAGUGGUUGUCCAGGCGUACUAAAAAUUGAUAGACAUCCUUUGAAAUCCAAAAACCCUCCAUCAUCAUUCCGUGGUACACAAUUCAAUCUUGUUUCAUUAUUUUGCUCAAAAUAUAGUGAGCAAAAUGUUGAUGUUUCCUCUACAAGUCUCUUCAAUUCUACAAAAGUGAAAAGGCACCAGCCUGGAAAAGCACGAGAGUGGGCGGAUGAUAAUGAUGAAGACGGGAAUAUUAGGAUGGAAAAGGUGGCGGAGGUCAAGAAAGCAUUCCCAAGUCACGAGGAGACUUAUUUUAUGCGGAAUGAUGAUGCUAGACUGCGGCGUUUGACCGAUAAUAGGAUUGAUAAUCUUGAGGAGGUAAGGGAAGACCAUAGGCGCAUUAGGCAGGCAGAGAUUGUUUCAACGAUUGGGGACAAAAGGAGGAGGGAAGAAGGAUUAGAUUCGGAGGAUGAGGAUGCAUUCGAGGAAAGGAGAAGGAGUAUUAGGGAGAGGUUGUUCCAAAGGCAACAAGAGGAGGCAGCACUAAUGCCAGAAGAAGAAGAGGAGGAGGAGUCUGAGUACGAGACUGAUUCUGAAGAAGAAACAGCAAGAAUUGCAAUGGUGAAACUGGUUUUUGUUCCUAAAUCAGGGAGAGAUACAAUUGCGGAACGUGAGAGGCUUAAGGUAGAAGAGAUGGCACUCGAGGAAGCUGUGAAAAGGAGGAUGGAAGAGAAUAGGGUGGAGACUAGGCAAAUUGUGGUUGAAAAAUUUUGGGAGGACCAGGACACUCAAAGGAAUAUGGAGUCGGAAGCAAAUAUUACAGAUAUGGAUUUAGAUGAUGAUGUGAAUGAGGCUGAGGAAUAUGAGGAUUGGAAGGAUAAUAGGGAGAUUGUGAGGAUCAAGAGGGAUAGAGAUGACAGAGAGGCAAGGUUGAAGGAGAAGGAGGAGAUUGAGAGGGUAAGAAACAUGACAGAGGAAGAGAGGAGGGAGUGGGAGAGGAAGAAUCCAAAACCUUCUGGAAAAUCCAAGAAACAGUGGAUGUUUUUGCAGAAAUACUACCAUAAGGGUUCUUUCUUCCUGUCAGAUCCUGAUGAUCCUGUUGGAACUGCCAAAGCUGAUUAUAUUUACACUCGUGAUUUCUCUGCUCCAACUGGAAAUGAUAAGAUGGACAAGACCGUAAUGCCCAUAGUCAUGCAGGUUAAGUACUUUGGUCGUAGUGGAAGGACAAAAUGGACUCAUCUUGUCAAUGAGGACACAACUGAUUGGAAUAACCCAUGGACCUAUAACGAUUCUCUUCGGGCCAAGUACGCAAAAAUGGCUGGAAUGAGUGCACCCACAGCCAAACCUGAAGGAAGCAAGAAACUAAAGGAUUGGGAGACACGUUGA